GAUGGCUUGAAGAGAAGAAUUCCAUGACACACCAGGAACGGCUUUCUGCUGAAAAACAUCAGCUGGACAAAGUAAUUAACCUCUGCACAUCACCAGAGAAUCAAAAGCAGCGCUUUGCCCCGCAUGUGAGUGCGGCAUCAUCUGCCAAAAUUCACAGUACAAAUACAGCUGUGGAACAGCUUACUACAGGAAGCAUAAAAAGCAGUAAGGUAGAAGAGUCAAUUUAUUUCUUUAACCAAGAAGAGAAAACCUACAAAUCCUCUGAAUCAGUCAGCUGUAAAGAUGUGUCUUCUAGACAAGACAACUCAUGCAGUAGUCAAAAACCUGCAUCAUUUGAAUUUGCUACAAAAUGGGACAAUGAUGAUUCUGAUCUGAACAACUUUAUCAUGCUGAGAUCGAACCAUACACUCAUUCAAAGAAAGGAAAAAAAUGAUGUUGCUAGACCUGAAAAAGUGCUACAACCUGAAGAACAACAUAUGGAUGUUCACAAAGAGGACAGUUCUGGUUUUGAGACUGUAAAAAUAGAGGAAAAAGAACAAGAGAAUGAGGACAGUGUCAUAGUCAAUAUACAAGCAUCAGAAAGUCAGUGCCAGGCAUACUGCCUCUUGGAAGAAGCAGCUACGCCUGUGCUAAAAGAUUUGACACAUCUGGGUGUACUUGCUUCUGUAAAUUGGAGCUUUGACAGAGUGAAAUUUGGUGAUACAAGAUUUUUCUUAAAACAGCAAGAGAAAGUGACACGUGAUUGUUUUAAAGAAGGUAAAAUAGAUGAGAAGGAGAUCAUGCAGUUCAGACAUGCUGCUUUAGUGCACCUGCUGGUUACAGUUCGAGAUCUUCUGUUAACAUGUGGCUUGGACACAGCACUAGUUUAUUUGUCCAAGGCAAAGGAUAUCUAUAAGAACAUCUUAGAAUCCUGUUUGAAUAACAUCUGGAGGCAGUUGAAGAUUGUACAAUAUAGCAGCCAGAAAAAGCAAGAAACAAAUCCCAAAAUAACAGAGCUUCAGUCUCAAAUGUUAAGUUGGAUGAAGUGUUACGGAGAGGAACACAAUGUUAAGAUACUGAUCAUAACAAGGAUGGACUCUGAGAGAGAAAAAGCUGCCCUCAUUCACACUUUAUCUAGAGUAGAAGGUUUAAAAACUAUGGAUUUGAAUUCUGAAAAGAGAGGAACCUUUUUAGGUUAUAAAGAUAUCAUAAGCAAUAGAUAUUCCUGUCUUAUUGUACAUAAUCAGCAAAUUGGAGCUGACUUCCCCUGGACACACUUCUCAUUAGUAAUGGAAUAUGAUUAUUCUGAAAACUCUUGCUGGAAAAAUCUGUGCAAAAAUCUGAAUGUUACUUACAUGACUUUUAAAACCACCCUCCCUGAAACAAUGCAAACAAGGAAUCACUGUGGCUCCUUUCUUCUGGAGGUACAGAUUCCAUAUGUAUUUCUGGCAACUGAAGGUCUUCUUAAUAUGCCCGAUAUUCUUCAACUUUUGGAAUCCAAGUACAGCAUUACUUUUGUUGAAAGGAGCAGCAGUUACUCCUUGAGGCUCUUUGGAAGUACAGAUCGAUAUGUUGUGCUGACAAUAGAUGAACGUACUGCUAUCUUUUUGCAGAGUAUGGAAGAACUAAAUUAUGAGAAAUCCUGUGACUAUCUGGUGUCAAAGCUUAUUGCAUUAUCGCUCCAAUACAUGUGCUGCUGGAUUGUUUUCUACUCCAGAGAGCGACUGAGUCUAGA